CGAAGGAGGAGUAGGUGGCGGAGGUGGAAGAGGAGGAGGAGGGCGGGGCCGAGGGUCCGGUAUUUGCACCUUUAACCAGAUCAGGAGGCUGACUCGCGGCUAAGCUGACCAGGUGGGCUGAGCAUUUCAGAAAUAAUCAGUGAAACUGUUGUAACACCAUGCUGGCUGCAAGGUUUGCAUGUCUCCGGACCCUGGCCCUGCCUUCCAGGACUUUCUACCCAACACUCAACCAGACCUCUCCUGUUCUGAGGAAUUCCUUUGUGAAGACAAAUCAAUGGCUCUCACAGUCCAGCAGAGGAUAUGCCACCAAAUCAAGAUUUGGGAUCCGUCGUGGAAAAACUGGCCAAGAAAUUAAGGAAGCAGCAUUUGAACCAUCAGCAGAAAGAGUAUUUAAAAUUGAUCAGAUGGGAAGAUGGUUUGUUGCUGGAGGAGCCGCUGUUGGUCUUGGAGCACUCUGCUACUAUGGCUUGGGAAUGUCAGAUGAGAUUGGGGCAAUUGAAAAGGCAGUAAUUUGGCCACAGUAUGUGAGGGAUAGAAUUCAUGCCACCUAUAUGUAUUUCGCAGGAAGUGUUGGUUUAACAGCAUUGUCUGCCAUAGCAGUUAGCCGAUCACCUGCUUUAAUGAAUUUUAUGUUGAGGGGCUCCUGGAUGACAAUUGGAGCAACUUUUGUAGCCAUGAUUGGAGCUGGAAUGUUGGUUCACUCAAUAUCAUAUGAACAGAGUCCAGGUCCAAAACAUCUUGCUUGGAUGUUGCAUUCUGGUGUCAUGGGUUCAGUGGUGGCCCCUCUGACUUUGUUGGGUGGCCCUCUGAUCCUCAAAGCUCUUUGGUAUACAGCAGGCAUUGUGGGUGGCCUCUCUACUGUAGCCAUGUGUGCUCCUAGUGAAAAAUUUCUAAACAUGGGAGCACCACUGGGAGUGGGCCUGGGUGUUGUUUUUGUUUCUUCUCUGGGAUCUAUGUUUCUACCACCUACCACCCCACUUGGUGCUGGUCUUUAUUCUGUGGCAAUUUAUGGUGGAUUAGUUCUUUUUAGCAUAUUCCUUCUACAUGAUACCCAAAAAGUCAUCCGGCGGGCAGAAAUAGUGCCAAUGUAUGGCACAGAAAGAUAUGACCCUAUUAAUUCGAUGAUGGGAAUCUACAUGGAUACACUGAAUAUCUUUAUGCGAGUAGCCACCAUGCUAGCAACUGGGAGCAACAGGAAGAAAUGAACUGAUUACAUUUUUGAACCAUCCAAAUCUUGCUUGUGUUCUUGGUGUGUAUACUUAUUAAAUCAUUUCUUGUACAAGCAGCUUUGGUUGAAGUCAGAAGUUCAGAGCCACUUCAUCAUGGUUGUUAUUCCCGUACAAUGUGAUGCUUCAACUUCCACCUUUCUUGAGAAUAAAUUCAGCACUUCUCUUGCAAAUAAGCAUAUAAACUUUCUAGUUUUCAUCUUUGAGUGAUUGCUAACGGAAAAGGAUUACACUUUUCAGUAUUAACACUUUAUUUCAACAUUGUGUUAGUUGUCCAUAUGUUUGCUCAUUUCAUUAAUAUUAUUUAAUAAUUUUAUUAUUACCAUUCAAAAAGGAAUUGUGUGUACAAAGAGACCUCCAGAAUUGAUGUAGAGAACCUGUCUCUAGUUUUAGAUUGCACUGUAAGUGUUAAAUAAUUGCUGCUUGCUAACUGGCAAUGGAUAGGGUUUAUUAGGUAUAGUUAUUACUGUUUUUAACAUAAUUAGCCUUCACCUGAUAUUUUUAAGUGAAACAUCUAUCCUAAAAAGACAAUUGAGUGUCGCUGUGACAUUUUUGGAAUACCAAUACUCAUAUUUCAAGUAUAAGGAAGGUACCUUUACAAUCCAUCCAGGUCUCAAAAUGUUAACCUUCUCCAAAUAUUUAUCAUGGUUUAUUUUUGUAAGUCCUGUUUUUGAAUCAUUUAGAACUAUUUAUUUGAAAUAAUUUUGCUUUAAACUUAAAGCUUUAAAAGUAAUAAAUUGGUUGCCUAUCCUAUCCUUGCCAGUAAGUUUAUUGAUACAUAUAGAUGUAGCUUUUUCAACAUAAAUCAAAGAUUAGGACUUGUCUUUGUCGUUUUAUUUUUUAAAAAGAUUCUGUUUGUCAUUUAGGAUAUGGAAUCGCUUUCCUUUCCUGCACUAUCAGAAAUGAAUGUUAUUGCAUCCCUUCCACUAAAAUGCUAAAAUUAGAGGCCAAAUUAGUUUUGUCUUUGUAAAAUAUUGUUUCCAAUUAAUGUUAAUUUUUCUACAGAUUUUCCCUCUCAGUCCAUUAUUAAUUUAGAAACAACUUCCUUGUAAGUAAAGCUUGUAAAUUUAUGACACAGAGUAAAUUAUUUUUGGAAGUUUUUUAAUGAAUGAAAUUGAGUUUGUAAAAUUAUUGCAAUUAUAUAAUUGCUAUUUCUGGCAAGAUGUGUUUAUCACCAACUAUCCAGAAAUAGCUAAUCUUGUCCAUUGGAGAGAGAUGGUGUGCUUAUUUUAACUGAAAUAAUAAAGAUCUAGCUUGAUAGUU